AUGUCAAAAAACCAUUUAUUCGUCGUAACAGUUUUAACUCUGCUAACCUCAAAAGCACAAUCUCAGCAGAGAAUCAGUCAAUAUUUCGAAUGGACCGAAAGCCAGAUUACAUAUCAGUCGUCGGGUUACGAGUUCAAAGGUCAAACCCUGGCCUCCAUGAACUAUAGUCUGGUUACUCAGUGCGCUAUGGCUUGCUUGAAAGACCCCAGAUGUCUCUCCUACAAUUUUAACAACGUUAAUAACUUGUGUCAUCUUAAUUCUGGUUCUCAUCAAUCAAAUCCAGAGCUACUAAAACCAUCGGACGGGUGGGAUUAUUAUCUGAAAGAUGCUUAUAAGAUCAGCCAGGACGCGGACCCAUGCCUGAGCACCCCUUGUAUGAAUUUUGGUACCUGCCUCUCCAGAUCAGAUAAAACGUACCUCUGUUUCUGUUCAUCGCAAUGGACUGGUCCAGUUUGCAAUAUUAAAGUUGACAUAUCGUGGUCCGGCUGGUCGGCAUGGUCAGACUGUUCGGAAAAAUGUGGUCCAGGUGUCGCAGCACGCAGUCGAACCUGCGUCAACAAGGUCGACAUGUCGCAGAAGAGUGUCGAGAUGUGCUACGGGAUGAGCCAUGAGAUUGAGGAGUGCAAAGUUAAGGAUUGUCCUUACUGGAGUGAAUGGAGUGAGUGGAGCCAGUGUUCGACGGCUGAGUCUUGCGGGGAGGGACACAGUAGUAGAAUUAGGCAGUGUGUUAACUCGGAUCCGGAUCAAAAUUGCUUCGGACUGGCCGCCGAAAACAAAACCUGCUCGUCUGUCAGUUGCAAUGCUGAAGUUGUUCUAAAGCCUGAAACUGGCUUUCCAUACGGCGAAGGCAGCCUUCAAAUUUUUGAAAAUAAACAAUCUGAUUGGUUGUUUGUCUGCGCUGACGUCAUCGGUGGCAGCAGCAGUAGCAGCAGCGGCGACUUCGCGUGGACCCAACAAAAUGGCGACGUAGCUUGUAAGCAGAUGGGAUUUAAACACGGAGCGUAUUCAGCUUCUAAGGUUCUAAUAGACUUGGCUAAUAAAGAUUCAGAGAUGUAUCUCUUGACAAAUUUCAAAUGCUCUGGUGAUGAAAUGACGCUGACUUCGUGUCGCCACAGUGGCUGGAGCGUCAGCAGCUGUAACCAAAAACUUACUGUAAAAUGCGUGGUCGACGGCAGAUGGAGCAAUUGGUCGGAAUGGUCGAAAUGUUCGGUUACUUGCGCCGACGGAGCGCAAACUCGAAGCAGGGCCUGCUCAUCUCCGCCCCCGAGAAAUGGUGGCGAUGGUUGUGAAGGGCGCGGACAAGAUACCCAGCCAUGUUCUUUACCCCCUUGCCCUGUGGACGCCCAGUGGACGCAGUGGACCGAUUGGUCAGGCUGCACGCUGACGUGUGGCGGUGGUCGGCAGUCGCGAAACCGUACGUGCGUUCCAGGCAGGAAUAAUGGUAAAGACUGCAGCGGCGAGAAUUUUCAGAAUAAAACUUGUAACACGUUGGAAUGCCCUAUCGACGGCUUUUGGUCGGAUUGGAGCCAAUGGGGCAGCUGCAACAUCACGUGCGGUGGGGGCCAGCAAAUUAGGACCCGGGUUUGUGAAGACCCCAAGUAUGGCGGACAGCCCUGUAGCGGGGCUAACAUCACAGUGCAGCGGUGCAACAGCCAAUCAUGCGCCGUCGACGGCUAUUGGCUGGAGUGGAACCAAUGGUCGUCGUGCAAUGCGACCUGCGGUGGCGGCCAGCGAAUCAGGAAACGAUUUUGCAUUGAGCCCCAAUUUGGUGGCUUAUAUUGCCAGGGGAAUAACAGUGAAUUUGACACUUGCAAUACCGAUCCUUGCCCAAUUGACGGGACCUGGAAGGAAUGGCGCGACUGGAGUAGUUGUAGCAUUACGUGUGGGGGUGGCAGGCAGAUCCGGACGCGGGAGUGUAACCCCCCCAAGUAUGGGGGUCUCGAUUGCCCGGGGGAUAACACCAUGGAAAAAUUUUGUAACGAUGAACCAUGCCCAGUUGACGGCCAGUGGGGCGAGUGGACCCGUUGGAUAUGCAGUGUGACCUGUGGCUCCGGCGAGGCAAUCAGGAAGAGAGAUUGCACGGCCCCAGCCAACGGGGGUAGUUCCUGCAAGGGCCUCUUAGAGGAGAGAGAUCAAUGCAAUAUGUCCGUCUGCCCAACCCCCGCGGAAUGGAGUCCCUGGUCAGCAUGGAGCAGGUGUUCAGCAACUUGUGGGUUUGGAAACAGGAAAAGGACCAGAACAUGCACCCAGACAUUGUCCGGAUUGAAUUCACUUCCGUGUCUAAACGAGACGGCCAGUAACGAUACGAAACCGUGUAAUCAGUUCGCUUGUUCGUCUGUCCAAAGCUGUCAAGAUGUGGCAAAGUUGGGUUUGGAGGAGAGUUCGUUCGUGUCAUUAUCGCUGAACGCUGCUCAGCCAACCAAAACUACUAUCGUCUUCUGCUCUUUAGAUGGCACAACCGUCUCUUCUAUUAUCAACUCCAGCUACGAAUCAGAUUCAAUGGUUACUUUCAAGUUGAACGCCCCUCCUCCUAAUUACAAAGUGGUAUAUUCCAGUAACGAGGUUCAGCUGAGUCUGGAUGACGUGAAAACCAUUGUGUACAAUUCCAAAGAGUGCAAACAACAGGUCAGUUGGAAAUGCAAAGGCUACCCAAUGAACAUCCCUUCAGGCGGGAAGUUAGUGUACUGGAAGAAUAAAUUUUCUGACGAGAUGUCUUAUUGGGGUGACAUUAGUACAGUGGUUGGUACUGCCACUUCUAACACCAUUUUGUGCAGCUGCGGCGAAAAAUCAACAUGCCUUCCUUACAAAUGCUCCUGCGACAAAAACGACACCCUAAAUUGGGGACAAGAUGGCGGCUGGCUGACCAGCAAACUGGACCUCCCACUCACCGAAAUCGUCGUCCUUGAUUCAGGGUAUAAACUGCAGGAAGGAAAAUUCAGAGUCGGACCGCUAAUCUGCAACUAA